CUCUGUUUUUGUCUGGCCCCGCCCUCAGCAGCCCUCCCUCUUCUGCCUGGCGCCAGGAGGCUGUUUUUCCAUUCGCUGGCUAGAAAGUUCCAUGGUUCCAUGCCGCUCUUUCUUUCUCUCUUUUUCUGGAGUUAAAUUUGUCUGCAGAUGCCUACUGUACUUCAUCUGCAGACGCCUUGAGUUAAGUUUGUUUGUAACUGGGCCCAGAGCUCCGUUGCUUUCAAACGCUGGGCGCAGGGCCCCUGAUGGAAAAGCAAAGCCGGCAGUGAACCCCUGUGAAGGCCACUUUGCCUCGAGGUCAGGAGCGCCUCUCCAGUGUCUGCGGGAGCCCACACUGCUGUCACUCCAUCAGGAAGCCAAGGCCAUGGGGGAUCUGCAACCAGCCGAAGGAAGCACCAGUUCAGCCAGUGCAGGAGAUAGAAUGGCAUAACCAUGCUCUGCCAUCGGAUGUCCUCCUGCCUGCGCUCCUUGCUGUUCUCAUCAGAAGCCAUCAAUUCUGCCUUCUUCUGCCUCCUCCUGCGCAUCCCAUCCCUGGCCCGCCAGUCACCAUGGCGGCCUUGAUUGCAGAGAACUUCCGCUUCCUGUCUCUCUUUUUCAAGAGUAAGGAUGUGAUGAUUUUCAAUGGGCUGGUGGCCCUGGGCACAGUGGGCAGUCAGGAGCUGUUCUCAGUGGUGGCCUUCCACUGUCCCUGCUCACCGGCCCGGAACUACCUGUAUGGGCUGACAGCAAUUGGCGUGCCUGCGCUGGCACUUUUCCUUAUUGGAGUCAUCCUCAACAACCACACUUGGAAUCUAGUCGCUGAGUGCCAGUACCGGAGGGCCAAGAACUGCUCCGCUGCCCCCAACUUCCUCCUCCUAAGCUCUAUCCUGGGCCGUGCAGCUGUGGCCCCAGUCACCUGGUCUGUCAUCUCCCUGCUUCGAGGGGAGGCCUAUGUCUGUGCUCUCAGUGAAUUUGUGGACCCCUCCUCGCUCACAGCUGGGGAUGAAGGCUUCCCUCCGGGCCAUGCCACAGAGAUCCUAGCCAGGUUCCCAUGUGGAGGGGGCUCUGCUAACCUGUCGGGCUUCAGAGAAGAGGUCAGCCGCAGGCUCAAGUAUGAGUCCCAGCUCUUUGGAUGGCUGCUCAUCGGUGUGGUGGCCAUCCUGGUGUUCCUGACCAAGUGCCUCAAACAUUACUGCUCGCCGCUCAGCUACCGCCAGGAGGCCUACUGGGCACAGUACCGCACCAACGAGGACCAGCUGUUCCAGCGCACAGCAGAGGUGCAUUCAAGGGUGCUAGCUGCCAACAACGUGCGCCGUUUCUUUGGCUUUGUGGCUCUCAACAAGGAUGAUGAAGAACUGGUCAGCAAGUUCCCAGUGGAAGGCACACAGCCACGGCCACAGUGGAACGCCAUCACUGGGGUCUAUCUGUACCGUGAGAAUCAGGGCCUACCACUCUAUAGCCGCCUACACAAGUGGGCCCAAGGCCUGACUGGUAACGGCACAGCCCCUGACAAUGUAGAGAUGGCCCUGCUCACUGCUUAAGAGCUUGCUUCUAUGCUCUGUAAAUGGAACUACCUAGUCACAAACUAACUCCACAUGGCAUGCUAACUUCAGCAUCAGGUGACUUUUCUGUUAACUACAGUGUCUUGAGCAUAGACAUAAAACUAGUAGUUUGUAAAGAUCCUGUGGACAUGGUUCACAGAAACUGAGAUGGGGUGGGUUGGGUUGUGGGGACUGGCCUACCAAAAUCAUCUCUCCCGUGGCCACUAGCACAACUGUUGGAAAAGACUUUCCUACGAGCUGGUCUGUAAUGUGACAGGAGUGAUCUUUGGUGGGCCUCAGAGUUGAGAAACAUCAGCUGGCAGAGCCUAGUGACAACGCAUUGGGGGGCUCGCCGUUGUACAGUACACUUUGUGCAGUUAAUUUGUGUCUAAUUGCAUAGGGACACCCAGCUCCUUGGCGUAUUGCUAGGGGCUGUCCUGACUGUAUACCUCUGGCCUGGUUUUAUAUAUUUACACUUUUUGAUAAAGCUUUUCUUACUUUAAA